CGCCAGCAGUCCGUAGUAGUCGUCUGUCCGCUUCCGCGUUGCCCGUUCGUUCAACCGUCCGUCCGUCUGUCCGCGUCUUCGGCGCGAUCACCGUACUCGCACGGCUUACUGUCCGAUCCCGGGAGACUCGGUCUGAUUGUCUCGCACGAACUCGAAUCAUUUCGAUUCGUCUUGUCGAUUAUUUUCCCUUUCCUUUCGAUUUUUAACCCCGCCGAACUCUUUCGCGUCUUUGUGCACCGAGCGUGAAACUUUCGCGUGAUCAAUUCACGAGCGUCUCCCCACUCUAGCUAUCAUCGUUGAUCUACACGUCCUUCUGCACCCCCUCCCUGAAAAAAAAACCAUUACGACCCGGUUGACUGUCGUAUGCGACACGACACAUCCGAUAGUGACGAGUGAAACGAUCGUCGUCCGUCUUCGAGCCAGAAGAGUGACCGCUGCGGCAGCCAGCGUCGUCCACGGGUGACUGACCAGCUAGUACUUACGGCCUGUGCAAUCGUUUUGUGACACACGUGAAUCUACAUCAGCCGACUAAUUCGCGAGCGCAUGAGGAAGGCAAUCGCGCUGCAGUGAUCGUCGCCGGUCGGCCGACCGCUGCCGCCACCACCGCCGACGCCUCCUGCAUACCGUCACAUCAACGAUGACGACGACGACGACGACAACCAAAACAACGGCGAUGACGGCGAUCGCGAUCUGGUGCGUGGCCGCCGUGAUGGGCGCCGCCGGUGGUCUGGUGUUGGACGGCACGUACGGCCAGUUCCGGAAGUGGAACGCGGGCGUCAACGGCACGCUUGAGAUGGAGUUCAAGACGAGGUCACCGAACGGGCUGCUCAUGUACACGGACGACGGCGGUACGUACGACUUUUUCGAACUGAAAAUGGUGGAGGGCACCAUGCGGCUACGGUACAACCUGGGCGCCGGUGCCCAGAUACUGAUGGCCGGCCACGAUCUGUACGACGGCCGGUGGCAUCGGACAGCCGUCGAGCGCCGCGGCCGCGUCACCACCCUGACCGUGGACAACGCGACCAGCGCGGCCGCGUCCGCCGGCAAAGAACUGCAGUUCGGCCGGCUGGCGUCUAACUCGGCCGUGUACGUGGGAGGCAUGCCAGGCUGGUACAACGGCCGGCUCACCCGGCUCGCUCUGCCGAGCGUCAUAUUCGAGCCCCGGUUCAGCGGCGCCGUCCGCAACGUUGUCUACACGGACGAAUUUUACCCAUACCCGAGGCGGCAGACCGCCAUCACCGACCCAGCUCGACAACCAAAGUGCACCGGUACAAGAUGUCGUCGUACGCUGAAUAGAGACAAAAAGACAAAGGUUAUCAAUGGAGGAAUUAAUGGACAUCACCGCGGUGGAGGUAAUUCGGAUGCCUGCGAAAAACACGACCCUUGUCAACAUGGGGGAAUUUGCAUAUCUACAGACGAUGGGCCAAAAUGUCAAUGCCGCGAUAAAAAUUAUGAAGGAGCAUACUGCGAGAUAGAUAAGGUAAUGGCAGAAGCUUCAUUUACUGGAGGAGAAUUUUUGAAAUAUGCAUUCGACGGCAACACCGAAGGAGAUUCAUUCGUAUUACAUUUCAAAACUAAAAAACCAGCUGGACUGCUUUACCACAUGGGAGACGGCUCUAGUAACUACUUAAAUGUGGGUAUCGUUACUGGUGGUAUUACAGUGACGAUGAGAGUGGGCACAGGCUCAUUAGAUAUGUUUAUAAAGCCAAACAGAAUAAGGUUUGACGAUAACCAAUGGCAUAAGAUAUCAGUCACACGCAAAGUACAAGGGAUAUCUGCAGUCACCAGUUUUUGCAAGCUGGCCGUGACAGUGGACGAAGUGUACGGUGAACAAGGGAGUUCUGCGGGUGCGUUUACGUCCUUGACCCUAGGAUACUUAUACCUGGGUGGCAGUGAUAACACCGUUGCGUUACCGGGCACAAAAGCGAGCACAAACUUCGUGGGAUGCAUUCGAAAAGUGGAGUAUACUUCCGAUGGCGUAAAUAAAUACGAUUUCUUAGAAAUGGGAAAAACUGGCAUUUCGACUAUACAAGUAUAUGGCCGAUUGCAAUUUUCGUGCCAAGACUUUGGAAUGGACGAUCCUGUGUGCCUGUCUACGCCCCGAUCAUUCCUCAUGUUGCCUAAUUGGGACGGUACGACUAGUGGUUCGAUUUCAGUAAAGUUUCGGACCAACGAGCCAGAUGGUCUUUUAUUUUUCAGCAGAGGUCAAACUGAACAUACUUCUGGUAUUUAUGCGGUUGAAAUGGUUGACGGACGACUUUACGUGUAUUUGGAUUUGGGCGCUGGCGGCACUCGUGCUGAAGUGAGUUCGGAAAAGACUAAAGUCAACGACGGUCAAUGGCACGAAUUUUCGAUAUGGCGUAAUGACAGAGAUAUACACUGCACCGUAGACGAUUACUCUUCAGAUUUCACGACAAAUGGCGAUUCUAAUCAGUUACACCUACAAAACGGCAUCAUGCUGGGAUUUGGUGGUCGGGCAGUAUACCACAAAAAGAUACCACCUGGCGUGUGGACACUGUCUUUGGAAACGGGAUUCGUUGGAUGCGUUCGUGACCUCGUCCUGGACGGUGUAGCAAUCAAUUUGGUCAGCUCGUCUCUAGAACAGGACCAUGUGUCCGUAACUCCGCAUUGCCCUGAAUCUACAAACAGUUGCAAAUCAGACACUUGUUACAAUGGAGGAAUUUGUCACGAAGGCUGGAACCGCGUGAUAUGUGACUGUUCAAAUACCGAAUACGCCGGGGCCACUUGCAUGAAAGAAUCGUCCAUGUACAGUUUUAACGGAACACAAUACGUACAAGCAAUAAUGCCGGAAAAGAUGACAACUCAAGUUGAAGACAUGUAUUUUCGAUUCAAAACAAAUAGACCGUUGGCAGUGUUAAUGAAGACUUUUGACAGUUCGUGGGACAGGCUAGAAAUCGCAUUAAUAGUUGGAAAAAUUAGAUUAGCCUUAAAAAUCGGUGACAAAGAAAAGGUGGUCCUAUGUGGAUCUCAUUUAGACGAUAAUAACUGGCAUUCGGUGCACUAUAUUAGAAGGGCGCACGAAAUUCGUUUGAAAGUGGACAAUGUCACUGUUAAAAAUGACUCCGAUAUGGAAGAUAAAAUAACACUUAGAUGGCAAGGUUUAUUAGUUGGUGGAACGCCUCCUAAGGAUCCAGAAGCCUUAGCAAACCUACCAAGCUUUAUCGGCAGCAUCCAACAGUUUAUACUUAACAAAAUUAAUUAUUUUGAUCUCGCAAAAAUUUCAACCAAAGGCUUUUCGGAAGACUUGCCCAAAGUACACAUGACCUCCAAAUACCAAAAACAAGAAAAACCACCUUCGUUGGUGCAUACGGUCACGUUCCUAUCCAAGAAUACGUUCAUAGGGUUGCCACCAUUAAAAGCCUACUCCAGAAUGGAAGUUUACUAUCGAUUUAAAACUAAGCACACAUCCGGAUUGUUUUUCUACAACGGUGGAAAGCACAACGACUUUGCACUUGCCGAACUGAUAAACGGCCACAUACUUAUCAACAUUCGUUCAGGCACGCACGUGGUUCGACUUCGUGACUCUUCGAAAAACAGUUACAGUGACAACUACUGGCAUUCGGUGCACUUGUUACAAAUAUCGGCUACUAUGUUUUGUCUACUUAUUGACGAUCAGGUGGCGUCAACUACAACCAUCUCUAGACCACACAACAUACAAUUAAACGGGAUGUUUUAUGUUGGUGGCGUACCUAAAGAAUUGCAUAAACGUCAGUCAAAGCACAUACACUCGAGACACGGGUUUGAGGGAUGCAUGUCAGGACUAGAAUACAAUGGGGAAUCUCCGGACAUGGUAGAGAACGCUACCAUACCCAGCACACUCAUCACCGUGGGUUGUGACGGACUCAGCAAAAUGUGCACGCAAGACAUGUGUGAUAACCAUGGGACAUGCGUGGAACAGUGGAAUUCAUAUUCGUGCGAUUGCGACAUGACUGCAUUCGUUGGACCGACGUGUUCUGAACCUUCUAUUUCCUAUGAUUUUGGCCCUGACGGAGGUCUUGUGACAUAUGCUUUCCCCGACGGACGCCAACCAGAUAUGCAAAACGACCUUUUGGCUUUGGGUUUCAUAACGACCAAGUCCAGUGGUGUGCUGUUUCGUGUAGAAAGUGGCACUUCUGGUGAUUAUCUACAGCUUGAAAUGGUAAAUGGACACAUUGUAGUAAUUUACAACGUUGGGACUAAUGACCAUCCUAUCGGUGAGGCAAAUGUCAUAGUGAACGACAAUUCCUAUCAUUUAGUCAGAUUUGUACGGUCGGGGCCAAACUCGACUUUGCAGGUGGACGAUAACAGUAUGCAAACUCUGUACCCUUCAGGACACCAACUCAGCGUUUUCAAUAGGCAGUCAACAAUUCAAGUUGGUGGUCGGUGGAAUAAAACUAAACAGCGUAUUGAAAACGCGUUCGAAGGGGUUAUGGUGGGGUUGGUCUUCAAUGGCCUCAGGGUGUUUGACUUGACGGCCAACAGAGAUCCAAGAACGACCAGCAAAGGAGAUGCUCAACAGUUAUCAUCAAUUUUGGACAGGCUGAACGAACACUCUCUACUGGAUACCAUGCAACAGACACCAGCAUCAGGGGUAAUGGACGACUUGGUGUACUCUGGAGCAGGAUCUGGUUGUAACCACGACGAUGAAGACCAAUGCACUGUAACAUUUGAUGUUGGGUCUGGAGACGACUUGAUUACACCCGUCUAUGUACCUCCUACAGUUGUACCACCUCCAUCAUUAGUAACUGAAGUCCCUGGAGCGUGUGAUGACGAAGAAACAGAUUGUAUAACGGGUUCUGGAUUUGGCCCUACUUCUUCUACUGACGAUUCAGCCACUACAAUUAAAAGUUCACAUCCGGUGGUGACGACGUUCAACGGAGCUACCAACUGGACGACAACGUCUGUCAACCGAUCCGCUGGGGUGGAACAGAAGUCGGCGAACAAGACUGGUGCAGCGGCCACGGCGAGUACCGCUGUCCCGGUCACCAAUCAAACGGAGCCAUACUGGUCUUCGGCUCCCUCGACCACAGCGACAAAAACGGCCACGCACUCUAGAUUGCCCGGUACAGCGGUAACCGCGACCGCGACCGCGGUGACGAACACGAGCAGUUCGGCCGGCGUGUCGUCAUCCGGCGGCAACGAAAAGUCAACCAGCGCAGGCACCGGAACUGUGGUCAUUACCACAAGCACUACCAGUACCUCGACGCACUCGACAUUCUUCGACGGCGACAAGCAUACGAACGUGAAAUCGGGCGGCGGCGGCGGUGGUUACGAAUACGGCGGUGGCAACCGUUACGGUGGCGGUUACGACGAGCGCGACGGCGAGACGAUGAUGACCACGCCAAACGUGGUGUUCGGCGGCGAGCAUUUCCCGCCGGCGGCCAAACCGACUCCGCCCAAGCAUGCCGAACCGCCGAUCAACACUAAGGCGGCCGAGAGCACGGCGUUCGUAGUGCUCGUCACGGCGGCCACGCUCAUCAUCAUAGUGCUCAUCAUACUGCUCGUGCUCAAGGUCAAGUACAGGACCGACACGAACAGGUACAAGAUCGAAAUGCCCAAAGCUUACGGCGCGCCCGUGGACCAGGGCUCGGACAGGGGUGGCUUGUGCCAUCAGCAGCAACAGCAGCAUCUCCAUCACCAGCAGCAGGCCAACCUGCUGUCGCCGGGCAACUAUCCGUCGUCAGCGCAGUCGUCGCCCACGUACGCACACAACAACUUCAGGCCGCACAGUGGCGGAGGUGGCGUCGGCGGCAUCGUCGGAGUGAGCAACAAGCCCAAGAAGAGACAGGACGUCAAGGAGUGGUACGUGUGAGGCGGCCAGGCGUACACGUGCCGUACGCUCACCGCCGUACCCAUACGGCACUGCUCGGAAAACAAUAACGAUAAUAAUACGCCCAAAUAUUAUUAUACCUACGAUUUAGUAUUGUGUAUAUAAGUGUACGAUAACGUUAUCAUUUGGGUACCUACUUUAUAUUAUUAUUAUUACUGUGUGAUUUAUAAAUGUACAUAAUAGUAUAGGUACAUAAUAUAGAGGCAAAGGUAUAGCCGAUGUAAAUAUUAUGUUUCACGAGGCGCGACGACGGAAACGGACCGUGUUUGCAUUGGUAACGUUAACCGCACGUGGUAUAUAAUAUAUGUACCACUUGCGACCGUGACAUUAAACCAUGCGCGUUUUACUGGUACCUACCGAUGGACCUUUAAACCAGCCAACUAGUUCUGAACCAUGUGAUACUUUAUAAUAUCGUUAAACGAUUAUUUACGAUAAAAUAUUGUUUAUGGAGUAUGGUUAUAUUAUUAGAUUUGUUAUAUUCUCUACUUAAUAUGUAUUGCAUAAUAAUUUAUAAUAUAUAUAUAUAGCCUAAUGGGUAUUGUAAUUUACGCGACGAUCGA